UCAUUUCCAAGAGUGACGUCAGAUUGUGUGAGUCGGGGCUGGGCUGGGAAACAGUAGCUGUUGGAAAAAACAUGUAACGGUGCAAGGUACGCUGCACCUUCUCACGACAUUCCUUACUGAGACCCAGUUCAUCUAACGAGACAAACUCCUGUUUAUCAUACUGUGACCGUGUAAGGUGGUGGGGAAGGCCUAAUCUCUCAUCUUCAAUAGGCCCCCCCCAGCCAUGGACAAACAAGGAGCCAUGAGUACAUCAGGCAAAGCCAGUGGGCUAAAACCCCCCAGUAAAAUAGUCCGUCCCUCCGGCGUUCCAUCACGGACAUCACCGUCAUCUGGUACCUCGAAGCCAGUUCCUCCUGAAAAGUCCCCUGGCAGUGUGACCUCACCAGUCCAAGAUGGAAACACAGACUUUAAAAUUGGAGAGAGAGUCUGGGUGAACGGCAACAAGCCUGGCUAUGUGCACUUUGUUGGAGGGACGCAGUUUGCUCCCGGCCAGUGGGCGGGCAUUGUGCUGGACGAGUCGAUCGGGAAAAACGAUGGCUCUGUGGCAGGGGUCCGGUACUUCCAGUGUGAGGACGGACGGGGGAUAUUCACGCGGCCUUCAAAGCUGUCCAGAACAGCACUGCCAGAGAAGGAGACGAAUGGAGGCCGGGCCAGCCCAACACAAGGAGUCUCCGCAACAAGCGAGGCAGCACCUGCUGGCACUACUUCAUCUACUCCAGGCACCGCCAUUAAGACAGGCGGAGCACUUAACCGGAUCCUGACAUCCAGUGAGUCAGUGUCCAACCUCUCCGACCCAGAUUCCACGAAGAAGAACAGAAGGGAGCUAAGGCUGGGAGACCGAGUGCUGGUUGGUGGUACCAAGGCAGGAGUGGUGAGGUUUCUCGGAGAGACAGACUUUGCUAAGGGAGACUGGUGUGGAGUCGAACUAGAUGAACCUCUAGGCAAGAAUGAUGGCGCUGUAGCUGGAACCAGGUACUUCCAGUGCAUGCCCAGGUAUGGCCUGUUUGCUCCAGUUCACAAGGUGACCCGAAUUGGCUUCCCCUGUACCACCCCUUCCAAGGCAAAGAGCUCACGGAGGAGGUCCAUUCUCAAAAGAAGCCCCAGCGCUUCCUCCAUCAGCUCCAUCAGCUCCGCCACCUCCUCAAUCAGUGGGAAACCCAGCCGAGCAGGACUGCUGACAGAAACGUCAGCUCGGUACGCUCGUAAGAUUUCAGGCACCACAGCCCUGCAGGAGGCUCUGAAGGAGAAGCAGCAGCACAUCGAGCAGCUGCUGGCAGAGAGGGACCUGGAGAGGUGCGAGGUGGCAAAAGCAACCAGCCAUGCAGGAGAGGUGCAGCAGGAGCUGACUCUGCUGAGGAAAUGCCGGGAUCAGUACGCAGUGGAGAUGGAGGCCAAGAUGGAUCAGCUGCGGUCGAUGGUAGAAGCAGCAGAUAGAGACAAAGUGGAGCUGCUCAACCAGCUGGAGGAGGAGAAGAGGAAAGUGGAGGACCUACAGUUUCGAGUAGAAGAGGCAUGCAUCACCAAGGGAGACCUCGAGACGCAGACCAGGCUGGAGCAUGUCCACAUAAAGGAGCUUGAGCAGAGCCUGCUCUUUGAAAAGACCAAAGCUGAAAAACUCCAGAGGGAUUUAGAGGACACUAGGGUGGCCACAGUGUCUGAGCGCUCCAGGAUAAUGGAGCUAGAGAGGGAGGUGGCAGAUCUCCAGCUCAGGCUCCGGGCGUCCCAGCAGAAGGAGGAUGCUGUGUCUCUGUCACAGCAACAAAUCAGCAGCCUCAAGGCACAGGUUCAGUCUCAGGAGAAGAAGAUCAGUGAGCUGAGUGUUGACCUGGAGAGCAAGCAGAAAGAGCUUCAGUCUGUACAGCAGGAUAAGACGUCUUUGGAACAACAGCUAACCAGUCUGAGAGAAAAACUUGAGACAGCUGAGGAGGAGAACAGGAAAGCAGCAAAGACAAUGCAAGGAUUGGAGCAGAUUGUGGAGCGUUCAACGAAAGACUACCAGACCCUGAAGGAGGAGAAUCAUUCCAGGGAGAAAGAGCUGAGAGCCCAGCUGACACAGGCCACUGAAAAGUCAGAGAGGUUGGCCUUUUCGCUGGAGCAGUUGACCCUUGACAAUAGGACACUGGAGACACAGCUUGAGGCUUUGAAACAGCAGAAUUCCAAAUAUCAGGAAGAGCUCAGUCUGUCAAAAGAGGGGAGCAGCUCAGAAAACCAGCGUAUUGGCGUCCUCUGCAAGGAAAUUGAGGAGCUGAAGCUGGCAUCCCACAAGUCUCAGCAUCCUGAUGAGCACAACGAGGAUCACAGCUGUCAGCAGCCAGACAUGAAGACCAGAGAAAUUGUCUCAAAUGUGGAAUCAGAGGGGGACACAAACUUCCAGAAAACCACUGGAGCCUUAAUCUCAGACAAAGACCGGGAAUUAGAAACUCUGAGGAAUGAGAUCACGGUGCUGCGAGGAGAAAAUGCCAUGGCCAAGACCCUGCAGUCGGCCGUGGAAACGCUAGAGAGAGACAAAGCUCAGCUGCAGAGCCGCGUUCAUAGUCUAGAGCAAAGGCUUAUGGGAGCACAAGCCUCGGAGGAAGGAGACAAGGAACUCCCACCCUCUGGUGAUGCAGCUCUGGAGCAGCUGAGGGAAGAGAAGGAGUUUGCAGAGGGACAGAUCAACUUCCUGAAUAGUGUGAUUGUGGACCUGCAGCGGAAGAACGAGGAGCUGAAGAUCAAAUUGAAGAAGCUUGCUUUGUCUGAGUUCAAUGGUAACGACGGGACUGAUGGGUUUGAUGAAGGCAUAUCUAAGAGAGAGAAGAAGGCAACCCCGCGUCUCUUCUGUGACAUCUGUGACUGCUUUGACCUCCACGACACAGAGGACUGCCCCACUCAGGCUCAGAGCCCCGACUCUGUACCUCACACCACCUACCAUGGCAACCCUGCCGUUGAAAGGCCCUACUGUGAUAUCUGCGAGGCCUUCGGACAUGCCACAGAGUCCUGCAAUGAUGAUCAGACCUUCUAGAGGCUCCAGGUGUUUUAUUCUCCUUCCCCUUCCUUUUGCUUCCUCGCCUUAAAAAGUUCAGUUACCACCGUUUCCUCUCCUGUUCUUUUUUCCCCACAGUCCAACCCAACAUGUCUGAAUAUAGCCGCUGCAAAUUUUUCCAUAAUGUAUUUUUAUACCGUAUUUAUGCAUAUCAGAAGUAGCCACUGUCCUGGUCUGAAUCCUUUACUCUGCAGCUCCAUUCUGUGUCAUGAAGAAUGCUCGUCCAAAUACUGUAUGCUGCUUUGGUGCAAUAUUGAUGUUAAUAACAAAAGGAAUCUGUCCUCUGCACUUGUCAUUUUUAAUGUUUGUUUUGCAUUUCAGUUUCUCUAAAAUAACUUCGGCUGAAUUUGUUGAUGGUCAGCAAAGGGAAGCACAGUUGAAUGAAGGGAAGAUGAAGCACCUCUCCACUCUGUUUCACAUAGCUCAGUGUGAUGCUAGAAACCAAUCACACUGAUGCUGCCAUAACUUUUUUUUAUGUUUUCAUGCAAUAUUUUGUAAAGCCCUUUUAAUAAAAAAGGGAAAAAUAUUUUUGGGAAAAAGUAAUUAUAAUAAUAAAACUGAAAAAGUUGUAAUGUUUUGGUGGACAUAUAGGUGAAACAAGAAAAAAAAAAUCCAUGCACAUCCUCACCACUAUAUGGGGCAGGUGCUGAAGAAAUGCAUAAAUACAAAAAACGAAUUAACAGCUGGCGUACUGCAGAACGCCAGCUUUAUUUAUUUAUUGCAUAUUAAUAGUGUGUAGCAUACAUGCUCUUCAUCACACAGUGAAACAGUUCAGUGCCAUCUUAAAUCACCUGUGAUUAUACUGCCAUCAGGUUACUUUGCCAUCAGCAAGUAUAAGCAAACUUUUAACGGGGCUCUCUUCAUAAUUAGAUCCAAUAAAUAUGAUUAAUAUUAAAUGGCCCAAAGCUCAAAGCACAACAACACAUGAAUCCUUGAAGAAUACACAGAGAUUUCAAAAUGAUCUAACAUGGUAAUGCAAGGAAUUGUGAAAAAGUAAGAAUGUCCAUUUCUGAAGUGUGUAUGAGCUGGAUUCAUUUUUUUUCUUUUUUUCAAUAUUAAAUCUUUGCCGUUAAGUUGCAUAUCAUUCCUACUUUGACAAGGAAAAGCAGACAAAUUUUCCUCAACACUUUGUUUCAAGUGCAUAUAUUAAAAUAGACAUUUGGAAUAUUAUUACUAAAUUCUUAUAAUGGUAAUUAUCAUAGUUAGUAUUCUAAAAAUACUGCAUCACUGUAAAAAUUUAAUUUUGUUCUCAGAAUAUUACAACUUUUUCAAUAAAUCAUUUGGCUUUAUUAUUUAAAAUGUUAUACAGACAUUUUUAAUGAGGGGAUUUCUUUUUUCUUAAAUAAUUUAUUUUCAUAAUAUUGCGUGUAUUUUCAAAAUGUUACGGCACGUUGUUUUCUUAGACUGUUGCAUUUACUUUAGCACAUUAAUAUUAUAUUAUAAUAGUAAGAUAUUUUUUCUUAACUUUAUUCUCAUAUUCUCACACGACCCCUUAUUCUCAAAACAUGAUCACUUUAUCAUAAAAUAUUAUGAUAAAAGUGAUCAUAAAAUAAUAUUAUUUCUUGUAAUAUUUCAUAUUUUUUCUUAAAUUUGUCACAGAUUUCCAAUUAAAAUAGUUCAGUUUAAUAUUUAAAAUAAUUUUGACUUAAUUUGUUUAAACAGAUUUAGCAACCUAAGUUCUAGUAGUAACCUAAAUGCUGACAAUGUAAAUAUUUUCUGAUAUGGAUAUAGUUCAAUCUUGACCUUGGAAAUGGUACUUUCCAAAAAAUAAUAAUUUCAGGCCCUUUUUUCAAAGCAUGGGUUUACCUUCACACGUACUUUUUUCAGUAUAAAGUUUCAUUGCUUAACUAAAUAACACAAUUCUGUCUGUUUAGUAACUGCUGAGCUUUUCAUUAUAAUCUCACAUUGUUCUUAUUUCUAAGAGAUUUUUAAGGACCAUUUCCUGAGAUGCCUAAAAGUUUACAAUUUAAAAGUUGCCUGCAAUAUUGUGACGAAUGGGGAACUUAAUCAAAAGCUACUAAACAGAUCUCAUGGUUGGGUUUCAACAGCUUUUUCAACAUCAGGAAUAAACACAUUUUCCUGUUUAGUCUCCCACAGGUUGAUAUGUUUCAAACGAUGCAGUAGAAAGUUACUGAAGGUUAAUAAUGAAGUUGCAUUUUGUUAUUUAUUGUAUGAUCUUUUAUUAGCCAGUGACACCCUUAAGGGAAAAUAAGCUAGCACUGAUUGAAGGUGUAUAGUCAGUGCUAGGACUACUGUAGUAUAGGUGGGCUUUUGAAAUGCAUCUGCCUAAUGUUACAGGAAACUGCCCAAAUGAAACUCCAGAAGCCUCUACUAACUUUGAUAGCUUUGCACUAUCCACUUUAAAGAUUCAAUAAAUGUACGUUUUCUUCUCAAAGUAUUUAAAAGCUAUUUUUUUCAAGGAGGACGGUGCCGAUCAUUGAGCACUAACUUUCAUGCCGACCUCUUUAAAGGUACUUUUUGCAAUCUUCCUCUCCGGCAUUUAAGGAAAACUUGCAGCGCCAAGGUGCAGGGUUUGAUCAGCAGGUGUGUUGAAAAUAAGAAUGUGCUCGUAGUUAUUUGCUUGGUUAAAUGUAGGUUACACUGGGUACCCCUACAAAUAGCAUUUUUAAGCAGGGGACCAGGGAUUUGAGUCUGCUUUCCUGUCUAUUCUCUAUACUGUACUAAUAGGCUGAAAAUGCCCAAAAUAGAGUUGUACGUUACACUGACUUGCUACACCACCUUGUUGUGGAAAUUGGUAUUACACAUAGUGUAGUCCAGCCCUGCUUAAACUUUAGUUCUCUCUUUUUCUCUAUUUCGUGAAGAAUGAUUUCAAAAAAGGAAUUUGCAACAAGUACCUUUAAAGCAAAAGUUUGACAUUUUAGUAAUUCUGCUUUUUCGCUUUGAGAGUUUAAUGACACUGACUACUAAAGUCUAUUCCAGUUGUAUUGUGACUGUUAAAAGUCACAAUACAACUGGACUUUACUUUGUCAAAUGAACAUACAUCAUUAUUUAAAGUUACCUUAUGAAAGCCACCUUAUUAUACACUAAAAACAUUUACUGUGAACAUAGUUACCACACAGCAUGUGUAACUCCUGUAUAACCUGGUUUCUUACAAAAUAAUGAUAACCUCAAAAUACAUCAUUAAAGCACACGUUAGCACAUAUAUAGAAAUUAAAGGUAAUCCUAACAUCUGGUGGAUUUUGUAAUUAUAAGCACAAUAAACAAAGAAACAGCAGUGAUAUGGUACUGAAUGGAUUUCAAUGGAUUUCUAAAGUGCAGUCAGCUUAAAGCUACACCAGGUUAGCUUAGCACAUAUUGAAGAAAUAUUGGGAAGCAUUAUAAAUAAUGUGUUGAAAAUAAAACAAAUUGCCUUUUUUUUUCUUUUUCUUUUCUUUUUUUUUUUACAUUUUUGUACUAUUUAAAGCAACAUGAUCAUAUAACUGUUUGUGAGCUUUAGAGGUGCUACUACAAGAAUAUUAGCUGUCAGAAAGCGACUAAGUGAAUUACCUUAAUUGCCAAACUAUUUCUUUAAAUUAACCCUGUAUAGCAGUUUUUAUUUGAUAUAUCUUAUACUAAAGCACAAUUUUGGAUCAUAUUGAAUCUUCCAGUGUAACAGUGUAUAAUACAUGACUAACCACUGACCCUAGUUUUUGUAAAUACUAAUCAGAAGUUUCCUUCUGCUAAAUGUGUACAAAGUGCCAUGGAACAAAAAGAUAGCUUUUAUGUGUACAUCUUAUUUUUUUGCCCUGUUGACAAGGCUGACAUUCUAUAAGGAGGUUUUCACUCAAGGGGAAAAUUAUUUGUAUAGACUUUAAAACAUUGUUAUAAGUGAUGCGUCUAAUUAUUGGUGUAAUGUUUUAUAUGUAACAAUUUCAGGCACCAUCUAUAAAUGGUUUCAAACCAUUUUACAGAUGUUAAUGUGGUGGAAAAUGUCACUGUUUUCUAUGUGCUGUAUACUCCUGAACAGAACAAUACAAAUGCUAAGAA